GGCAAUGGUUGUUUUGAAAAAAAUUAACCUAUCUAAAUAAAGUAUCAGCAGUUGAAACUAACGAUGUAUAUUACAACAGUAUUAUGACCAAGUUGCCUCUACCCCAAGAAUUCAAGAAUGGUUUACCAUUAGAAAGUUUAUUGAUGUAACUGAUCUCAUUAACAGAUUUAAAGAAUACCCAUAUGAUCAUCUUAAUAGAUGCAGGAAAAUCAUGCAAUAAAAUACCUAUUUAUGAUAACUGCUGAUAUGUUAUUUGUGCUUUUCCUUAAAAAUGCAGUGUUUUUAGGAAUUAAAGUUCAGAGCAGCAAAAGUCAAACAAAAACCAAGUCUGAGCAAUAGAGCUACUACAAUGCCCAUCACAGUCUUUGCUCAGAUGACUACCUAAGGUCAUGUUCAGCUCUAUGUUUCUGUGACCACAAAUAGCAUCUUUGGCAAAUCUGGUUUCAGUUGGUCUUUGUCCAGCUCCUGGAUUCCAUGCAGGGCCUGAGAAGCCCUCAAGGAUAAGAGAUUAAUCCGGUCCAGUGGACUCCGUGGUUCCUCAACUCCAAGUGCCCCCACCAUAGGUGGGACCUGCCUCUCUCGCAAAGGAUCCCUGGCGGCAACCCGAGACCGGUUCAGACCGGUUCUCCUACCCGCAUUCCGCCGAGUCUCUCGCUCUGCCCAGGACGCACAGAUGAGAGCGCUCAGCAGACUGGUGGGUCUGUCUUUCGGUCCUUCCUAAUUUCCCCCUCCUCUGGGGAAAGGUCAAGGAUACCUGAACCAAAGUGUCUGGCGGGGUGUAGGUGGCGGGGGGGGUGCAUCUGUGCACAAUCAAGGGCUUGGCCCUCCCGAGAGCGCCCAGGGGCAGGGGCCUCCUAGGUUCUGGCGGCCGACAGGGGCGACCGGCGCAGGGGGUCGCGCAGGAUUGCGGCUGAGGUCCCACCAGCGAGAGACAGAGACCCUCAGACAUUUAGUCCAGAGACUGCAGCAAGGAAGGGGUACGAGGGGCCAGGGCCGGAAUUUCGGGGGAGGGAGCGCAGCGACCAGAGUCGUUUGCUGGCACCUGUAGGGGCGAAUGCAGGGGCUGGGCCGAGAUGACCUUGGACCAGAGCUCCCUUCCGGCCUGCAGAGAUGAGCUUGGGGUUUAGCUUAGUGAGGAGUGAGCAGCUUUUCAGCCGCAGUGCUGCGGCAGAGGCGGAUGGAGGAUGGAGGAUGAACUGGAGCCGUCCUUACGACCUCGGACGCAGCCCUAUUUAAAAUAGCACCAGCUGAGGUGGGAGGAUCGCUGGAGCCCAGGAGUUUGAAGCUGCAGAGAUCUAAUAGGAUCUCACCACUGCACUCCAGCGUGGGCGACCUAGGGAGACCUUGUCUAUUCAGGGCAGGAUCCUGCUCCUGACCAUCUGUGCUGCUGGCAUUGGUGGGACUUUUCAGUUUGGCUAUAACCUGUCUAUCAUCAAUGCCCCGACCUCGGAGGCCUCUUUGGAGCACUGCUUGCAGGUCCCUUGGCCAUCACGCUGGGAAGCCUCUCUUUCUGUGUGUUUCGCUUCCCCCAAGGAAGAAGUCCCUCCUGGUGAAUAACAUCUUUGUGGUGUUGGCAGCGAUUCUGUUUGGAUUCAGCCGCAAAGCAGGCUCCUUUGAGAUGAUCAUGCUGGGAAGACUGCUUGUGGGAGUCAGUGCAGGCGUGAGCAUGAAUAUCCAGCCCAUGUACCUGGGGGAGAGCGCCCCUAAGGAGCUCCGAGGAGCUGUGGCCAUGAGCUCAGCCAUCUUUACCGCUCUGGGGAUCGUGAUGGGACAGGUGGUCGGACUCAGGGAGCUUCUAGGUGACCCUCAGGCCUGGCCUCUGCUGCUGGCCAGCUGCCUGGUGCCCGGGGUGCUGCAGCUCGCCUCCCUGCCUCUGGUCCCCGAGAGCCCACGCUACCUCCUCAUUGACUGUGGAGACACCGAGGCCUGCCUGGCAGCACUACGGCGACUGCGGGGCUCAGGGGACUUGGCAAGGGAGCUGGAGGAGCUGGAGGAGGAGCGCGCUGCCUGCCAGGGCUGCCGUGCCCGGCGCCCAUGGGAGCUGUUCCAGCAUCGGGCCCUGAGGAGACAGGUGACAAGCCUCGUGGUGCUGGGCAGUGCCAUGGAGCUCUGCGGGAAUGACUUGAUGUACGCCUACGCCUCCUCCGUGUUCCAGAAAGCAGGAGUGCCAGAAGCGAAAGUCCAGUAUGCCACCAUCGGGACUGGGAGCUGCGAGCUGCUCAUGGCGAUUGUUAGUUGUGUGGCAGUCGAGAGGAUGGGUCGGCGCGUGCUGCUCAUCGGUGGGUACAGCCUGAUGGCCUGCUGGGGGAGCAUCUUCACUGUGGCCCUGUGCCUGCAGGUAGCUGGCGUGGAUGAGGGCUGGAGGGUCCAGGCCAGGCUAACUUCCACCUCACCCCUGCCCCGUCCAUGGCAGAGCUCGUUCCCCUGGACACUCUACCUGGCCGUGGCCUGCAUCUUUGCCUCCAUCCUCAGCUUUGGCAUUGGCCCUGCCGGGGUGACGGGGAUCCUGGCCACAGAGCUGUUUGACCAGAUGGCCAGGCCCGCUGCCUGCAUGGUCUGCGGGGCGCUCAUGUGGAUCAUGCUCUUCUUGGUCAGCCUGGGAUUUCCCUUCAUCAUGGAGGCCUUGUCCCACUUUCUCUAUGUCCCUUUCCUUGGUGUCUGUGUCUGUGGGGCCAUCUACACUGGCCUGUUCCUUCCUGAGACCAAAGGCAAGACCCUCCAAGAGAUCUCUGAAGAAUUACACAGACUCAACUUCCCGAGGCGGGCCCAGGGCCCCACGUGGAGGAGCCCGGAGGUUAUCCAGUCGACAGAACUCUAAUCCCAAAGGGGUGACCAGGGGCCAAAGCCAGCUGCUGUCCUGUCCUCUGCUUCCUGCCAGGGCCCUGGUCCUCACUCCCUCCUGCAUUCCUUUGUUUAAGGAGUGUUUAUUGAGCACCCGUUGUGUGCAGACAUGGCUCCAGGUGCUUAGCAAUCAGUGGUGAGAGUGGUGUUCCAGGCUAAAGGUAAUUAACUGACAGAAAAUCAGUAACAACAUAAUUACAGGCUGGUUGUGGCAGCUCAUGACUGUAAUCCCAGCACUUUGGGAGGCCAAGGUGGGAGGAUCAGUUGAGGCCAGAGUUUGAAACCAGCCUGGGUAACAUAGUGAGACCCUCUGUCUCUACAAAAAAGUUAAAAAAUGAGCUGGGCAUGGUGGUAUGUGCUAACAGCUCUAGCUACUCAGGAAGCUGAGGCAGCAGGAUCACUUGAGUCCAAGAGUUCAAGGUAGCAGUAAACUACGAUCACACCACUGCAUGCCAGGCUGGGUGACAGAGGGAGACUUCAUCUCUUUAAAACGUAAUAAUUACAGACUCAGGAAAUGCAGUGAAAGAAAAAUACAGGUUGGCCAGGCGAGGUGGCUGAUGCCUAUAAUCCCAGCACUUUGGGAGGCCAAGGCAGGAGGAUCGCUUUGAGACCAGGAGUUUGAGACCAGCCUGGGCCACACAGUAAGAUCCUGUUUCUACCAAAAAAUAAAAAAAUAAUAAAAUAAGCUGUGUGUGGUGGUACAUGCUUGUGGUCCCAGCUACUCAGGAGGCUGAAAUGGGAGGAUCACUUGAGCCUGGGAGGUCAAGGCUGCAGUGAAUCCUAAUUGAGCCACUACACUCCAGCCUGGACAACAGAAGGAGACCAUGUUUCAAAAAAAAUAAAUACAGGUUGUAGUGGGUAUGGAUGUGCGUACCAGGAGGACUGAUCUAGUCUGAGAGGGGAGUGAUUAGAAUUUUCUGAGGAAUUGAUGUUUUUAAUCAACUUUAUUGAGGUACGAUUUAUACAUAAUCAAAUAUAUCCAUUUUAAGUCUAUAUUUGGUGAGUUUUGAGAAGUGUAUACACUUGUGAAACACCACCGCAAUCCAGAUGGAACGUUUACCCUGCCCCAAGGCACCCUCAUGCCCCUUUGCUAUCAAUAACCCACCCCAGUCCCAGCCCCAGGGAACCACUGACCUGCUUUCUGCCUCAAUUAGUCAGAUUUACCUUUUUUCAGAAUCUGAAGUCAUUCCAUACUGUAUGUACAUAUUUGUGUCUGGCUUGGCUUCAGAUACAGUUUUUGGGAUUCAUGCAUGUUGUUGCAUGUAUUAGGAGAGACUCCUUUGUAUUGCUGAGUAGUAUUCCCCUCUGUGGUUAGACCAUGAUUUAUUUAUCCAUCAACCUGUUAGUGGACAUUUUGGCUGUUUCUAAUUCUUGGCCAUCAUGAAUAAAACUGCUGUGAAUGUUCCUACACAAA